AUGCCAGGUAAAAAAUCAUACAAGUGCUUCCUUUGUCCUCGCAUAACAAAAAGGACUGACAGAUUUGCCAUAUCCAAAAGUCACAGACUUGUUGUUAAGAGAAUUUCAGGACGAACACCAAGUGAUGGGGAUUUUCUCUGCAACAAGUGUCGUCAUGUGUGCAAGUCAUAUGUUAAGGGAUCUGAGAAAGCAAAGAAAAAAGUGCAGGCAUGUUAUUCUUCUACAUGUACUCCUCAGCCAUCUGUAACACCUGUUAGCCCACCUUCAGUGCAGCUGCCAUUCCCUAGUUCAGCUAGAGGACACUCCUCCUGUUGCAUCUGCAAGAGGCCUGGACCAAAACUCAUUGUUCUUCCAGUGGAUAUCAGACACCAGAUAUUUAUAUCCAAGGAAAUCAUUAUUCCAGCUGGUGCCAGGUGUUGUCCAAACCAUCUCCAUGGAAAUAUUGGGGAUCUUGAACCCACAGCUGAUACAAGUCCAAACCAUCUCCAUGGAAAUAUUGGGGAUCUUGAACCCACAGCUGAUACAACAACAGUGAAUAAAUCAACAAUCACCCAACUGAUCAAGUUUUUAAGGUCAGAAAUUCAAAGGCAAGAGAAAACAAGACUUGAUUUUAACAGCGAAAAAACUCUCAGUGAUGCCGAGUACCGUGAUCUCAUGGGAAUUUCCAAGGACUCUUUCAAAGAUCUUCUGCUCUUCGUGGAGGGAAAAGUUCGGCCUACUCCAACAAGAUCUGUACGGACUAGCUUAGCUAUUUUCCUGAUGAAAUUAAGGGGAGGUGAAUCAAACAGAGUACUUUCAACCCUUUUCAAUGUAUCUAAGUCCAGUAUUCGAAGAUGCAUUAGUUCUGUACGCGCAGUCCUUUCCGGAAGAGUUGUCCAUGAAAACCUGGGUUUCCAGCACAUCUCACGUGCAGAGAUUAUACAGCACCAUACAAGACAGUUAGCUCAAACUCUGUUCGAAACCAGCCCAGGCAAUCAAGCAAUUUUGGUAAUGGACGGUACCUACAUCUACAUUAACAAAAGUGGAAACUUUCAAUUCCAAAGGCAAUCAUAUAGUGUGCACAAGGGACGUCCUUUGGUAAAGCCAUUGAUAAUUGUUUCAACGACUGGCUACUACUUAUCAGUUAUGGGCCCCUACCUUGCAAGAAACAAUGACGCAAGUAUCCUAAAGCACGUCAUGAAGUCCAACAUAGAGGACAUUUGCAACUGGGUGGAGAAAGAUGAUAUUUUCGUCGUUGAUCGGGGGUUUCGAGACUCGCUGGAUUUUUUGGAAGAGCUUGGGAUCCAAGCCCACAUGCCUUCUUUUAUGUCCAAAGGAGAGAAACAGAUGACAACAGAGAGUGCCAAUACAAGUCGUCUUGUUACAAAGAUAAGGUGGGUUGUGGAAUCCGCGAACUCCCGGAUCAAGCAAUGGAAAUACCUUCAGCAUGUAUUGCCAACAAGUCAGAUUCCAUACAUAGGGGAUUUCAUAAGGAUUGUCUGUGCUAUUUGCAAUAGAUACAUGAAACCCCUUUCUAACGGAAGUGCUACUGAGGAUGAGUCCCUUGGAUGCAAGAUGCUUUUUCUAUCCAAGCAAGUCAACGCCUUACAACAAUAUGUGGAGGAACAUCACCUAGAUCGGCGCUCUGUGUGUUGGGAACCAGUAGAUGAUCUAAAAGGCUUUCCGUAUCUUGAUGAAGAGCAGCUUCGAAAUCUCACUUGUGGGAUAUACCAGCUUCGACUCUCACCUAGUUAUGCACAGGAACACUUGGAAGGCAACUGCCAGAUACAUGUCCAUAAAGAGGAGCCGGGUCUUGUCAGGGUACGAGCCGGGGCAAGAGUUGUGGGGAUGUGUUCCCACAUUGCAGCCAUUUUAUGGUUUUUGGGAAAUGCGAGGCACAGGAUCUUAAGUGGAUUUGGAGUUCAAAACUGGGGAGACUUUGUUUACGAUGCAAACAACAUUCCAACUCCAGUUGAUGAAAGUGAGUCCUCUGAGGGAGAACUUAGCUGGACGGAAGAAUGA